ACUAAAAUAUUUCUAUAAAUGUAUAUUUCAAGUUUUCGAAAUUGCGUAUUGAAAUAUUGAUAACAAGUAAACGAUAACUUGAUAACGUUUUGUAUCGGAGUCUCCGGCGGCGUUUGGCGUUCACACUUCUCGGUUGGACAUACAAAAAACGUACUACUUGCUAGUAUUUAAAAUUUUUUCAAAUAUUAUUUUAUCGUUUUCUAUCAAAAGGACUAUUAAAACUCAUUAGUCUAGUAGUUGUUAAUACUUUUGUAAGUUCAAGUCUAUAAAAUGGUUUUUACCACAGCAAUGAUGAUGGUUAGAAGCAGAGGGCCAGAUGAAUUUUGGAGAAAAAGAAAGAUAUUUAAAAUUGCAGCUCACUUUUCUGGCCGUAGAAGGAACUGUUAUUCUAUUGCCAUUAGGGCAGUUCAUCGUGCAUUGCAAUUUGCUACAAUUGGACGUGAUUUAAAAAAACAAGAUAUGGGACAACUGUGGAAUACUCGUAUUAAAGCUGGAUGUGAGGAACAUGGAGUGGACUUGGCCACAUUUAGAGAAAGUUUAUCAAGGUGUGAUGUACAAUUGAAUCGAAAAGUGUUAGCUGAUCUAGCAAUUUGGGAACCAACUUCAUUUAAAGCAUUGUCUGAACUAGCCAAGACUGUUGCAGUUGAAUAUGAAAUACCACAUUCGGACCAAUUAAGAAAUUCCGCGACUGUAGUCACUAGAGGUUUAUUAAAAAAAUAAUUAUUGUUUGUGUUAAAAAAAAUGUGAGCUCAUAUCAUACAAAAUAUAUUGUAGAAAAUAAAAAUGUACUUGUUUUAUAUA